GAGCUGCUCACUCUCCUUAUUUUGCUGCUCACUUUCCCUAAUGUCAUUGCUUCGUUCACUGGCGUUGACUAGCAACAUCCUUCUCGCCCCAGGCCGUCUCCAGGAGAAGCAACAUCAUGGAGGAUGCAAGUGUAGGGCCAACGGUUGUGCCCCUCGAUUUCUUACGCGAAAUUACUAAUGGUUUCGCCGAAGAGCAGGAGCUUGGUAGCGGUUCGUUUGGAAAGGUUUACUUGGGAGUGUGUCCAGAUGGGGAAAAGGUUGCAGUGAAGAAGCUCUAUGAUAUGCCAGGACUUGACGACAAGCAAUUUUUGAAUGAGUUUAAUAACCUUAGAAGAGUCCAGCACAAAAAUAUUGUGCGGCUAGUCGGCUAUUGUCGUGAUAUUCAGGAAGUACACGUAAUGUACCAAGGAAAAUUGGUUCUUGCUGAAAAGACACAUAGGGCCCUCUGCUUGGAAUAUAUAUCCAAUGGAAGCCUUGACAAGUAUCUUUCUGAGGAAUGUGAUAGAUACAAUUGGCAGACAUGCUAUAGAAUAAUUAAGGGGAUUUGCCAAGGUUUGAAAUACCUCCACAAUGAAUUAAAACCUCCUAUUUAUCAUUUAGAUUUAAAGCCAGCCAAUAUAUUGCUGGACGAGAACAUGGUUCCCAGAAUUGCAGAUUUUGGGAUCUCAAGGUUCUUCGGAGAUGAACAUACGCGAGUUACCAAAAGUACAUUAGGAACACUUGGGUACUCACCACCGGAAUUCAUACGCAGCAAUUUAAUAUCAAAUAAAUUCGACAUAUUCAGCUUCGGUGUUGUAAUCAUAAAGAUGAUGGCAGGACGAUCUGGUUACUGGAAAAGCACUGAAAUGUCUUCACAUGAAUUCACUAAUCUUGUGCAGGAAAAUUGGACAAGUCGGCUACUUGAAACAUCAAACAGAAGGAACGCAUAUUCUGAACAAAUUAAGAUAUGCAUUGAAAUUGGUUUAUGUUGUGUGCAAGAGGAUCGACACAGAAGGCCAACUAUACAGGAUAUUGUCAAUAGACUGGAAGAGACGGAAACUAAGUGUAAUUAUGCGGCAAGGAAGGACUGGUCAUUGAUUUUCCAGCCCAGGACGAAGCUAGAUAAAAAUCUCACUGAGGAGGCGCAUAGGAACACUUCCCUUCAUUAUGCUCCAGAUCCAAAUGAUGGGCAUGCUCAGCAAAUACACCAUGAAUCCACUGUUGAUGAUGAGAGCAUGGCUGUUACUGAAGCGCUGCGCCUUCAGAUGGAAGUUCAAAAACGCCUUCAUGAACAACUUGAGACUCAGUUGAAACAAGGGAAGUAUCUGGAGUUUCCCAAUUAUCUGCGUAUGAUAAUUGAAGAACAAUCCAAACUCGGGAAAGAGAAGGUGCUGGAUCUGUGCUCAGGAGGUGCAUCAAUCCAAUCAUCCGAGCCUAGCCAGAGUGAUGCAGAUGAACGAUGGGAUUAGCGCCCGUAUAACAAAACGGGAUUAGCGUCCGUAAAACAACAACGGGAUUAGCAAGCACACAAUGUUGUGCCGUUAAAGACAGGAACCACGUCCACCGUAGAUAAGCUGGUUGGGCGGACAGGAUGUGUUCUAUCAGACCCUCUUAGUCUUUUUAUAUAAUUACUAGUAAAUUGGUCCGUGUGUUGCUACGGAUAAAUUUUAGCUGAAUAUUACUCCCUUCGUCCCAAAA